AUGAGCACUGCGGCGCUUAUGUCUCCGGAAAAAAGCAAUCCAUCUUCUUCUUGUUCUCCUUGGCUGAUGCUGCAACCCGUAUAUGAAGCCGGUGCCACCUGUACCGCCGCCACCACGCUGACUUACAAAUUCUACAACCUGGCAGAGAACAGAGUCGUGACCCUGUGGGAUCCACCAAUACCCGGCGACCUUAUGAAAUUCCGGGGUUCCUCCGGCGGUGGCUGGCUAUCCCUUGUGCAGCGCAGAACCCGCGACCUGUUUCUCUACAACCCGAUAGCCCGCCGCCACAUAAAGCUCCCACCUUUCUACGGCCAGCAUGAUUAUCUAGCUCUCAAGAAGUGCAUCCUCUCUUGCUCUCCUGACAGUGAAAAAUGUGUGGCCGUGAGCCUAAUCCACUUUGCGAAUUCCAUGGCUGUGUGCUGCCCCUUGUCCAGUGACAAGUGGACCUGGUUCGGCACAUGUUCCGGAAGCAGCAAUUAUAUAGAUUGCGUCUACUCCACAAGCCAACAGAUACUCUUUGCCCUCACCGACUCUUUCCAGUUGGAGGCUUGGGACCUCACGAUUUCAUCCCCGCAAUUGAUACGAAUUAUGGGUGAGUUCAGUAGUAUCCUCCACCGAAAAGAGAAUUUGACGAAGAAGGAGUUGUUACAGUCGAGAGAUGACUUGACAUGUUGGUAUAGUUACCAUCUGGUGGUUGCCGGAGAGGAUCUCCUGGUGCUGACUCAGUACACGUUGCUAUCCGUUGACUCGGAUGGUUUGUAUGUUGAGUACAACAGACCUUUUGAGCUCCCGACUGUGACUAUUGAUUUUGAUGUUCAUAGAUAUGAUCCGGAGGAUGGGGAUCUCAAGUAUGUGGAAGGUUCGUGCUUGGGUGGUUGGGCUCUUUUCGUUGGUAUCCACAGCCAUUCUGUUGCGUUGCGUGCGCCUGAGCUGAAGCCCAACUCAAUAUACUUUACGGAUCCUUUCGCAUCUUCUAUAAAUCACGGUAACUAUGACAUUGGCAUCUUCAGUUAUGAGGACAAGACUGUGUCACCAUGCUAUUAUCCAUGCGACCCUCCCAACCUCAAACCGAUUUUCCCACCGCCCAUCUGGUUUUUCCCAAGCAGCUUCUGA